UAUGCAAAUAAAUCCAAGCUAUCAAGCAAGCCAUUAUUCAAACGUCAAAGAAGCGUGAUAUCUCAGAUCCAUUUGAUGGUUAUAAGAAUUCAAAAUGGUCAAACAUAAAGCAGCAGCGAUGCAACAUAUCAAACAUAUUAAGGCUGCCAAGCAUCAAUUGCUGGGAAGCCGAAAGAACGUGAUAUCUUCAUUCCAUCGGAUGGUCCAAGGAAAGUCUAGAACUUUAGGUGAUGCUAGCGAAUGGAUGGAUGCUGAUAUGGCGUAUCAUUGUGUAGAAAAAUUGUGUCCUAAAGUGCCGUGCCUGCUUUCAGGUUUUCACCUCGAGCUUCCUUUGCUUCUGCGUCUGUAGAAGAGGUGCUAUUUGAAAUGUCUGUGUCCUUAUCAUUGCCUUGACC